AUGAAAAGUGACUGGGAAAAAUCUAUAGAAGACACCCGGUGUGCACUUCUAGCCCUGGGGCAUGCAAAUAGUACCGUGUUGAGUUUGGUGGCGUAUGGUAGUGCCCAACCGACGACGGGUGCUACGGCGGGGCCACAUCAUUACUCGGUUGGGAUCGAUUCAAUGGUUGCGGGGUUCGAAGACAUCCCACUACCCAUACCGAUAGAGGAGGUUGAGAUAACAGCGCUUUGGCAAGCUGUAGGUAGCUUCGUUGAUUGGCCACGUGCAUGGGUGAAGUUGAUUAAUAAGGAGAUUUCCAAUGGAAGCAAAACUUCAAAGAGAAAGAGGGUGGAGAAGCCUAAAAGAAUUGAUCAACCUAAGAAGAAGCUUAGUGAACAACAGUCCAAGAGUGAACAAGCGUCGAAGUUGCACUCUUCGAAAGGUUCACCCAUGCCACCUACUCCAAUUGUUGAAGACAUUGUUCUUCAAUCGCUCUCUAUUGACAUGAACUUUCUUCACAACCGUGCUUGUAAUGUUAAUCGCAUUUGA